GAGUGUUCGUAAAUUAUAUGUCUUUGUUUCUAGUGGCAACGUUUUUAACUUGGGAAGUACACAGCGUGUCCCUGAAACCAGAAAAUAGCAGUGCCAUAUCAAAAAGAGGUUUUUAUCUAUUAUGGCCGAAGAAGCAGAAGUAAAACCUAGCAUUCCCGAUAUCUUUAAAGGAAAAUCUGUUUUCAUCACUGGGGGAAAUGGUUUCUUAGGAAAGGUUCUAUUAGAGAAAUUGCUCCGUUCAUGUCCUGGAAUAUUUAAAAUCAUAGUUCUAUUGAAUAAUGCAUAUGAAACGGAAGUUUUCGAGAAGAAAAGGAAGAGACUUCUAGAAAGCAAUGUUUUUGAUAGACUCAAGAAAGAAUCGCCAACUUCGUUUUGUAAGCUUCACUUCGUAGCAGGAGAUGUGACGGUCUGCAAUUUGGGUUUGAAAAACCAAGAUCUUAUUAGAGUAACGGAGGAUGUGUCGUUCGUAUUUCAUUGUGCUGCAAGUGUACGAUUCGAAGACAAACCAAGGACUACAAUGAUGAUUAAUGUCGUCGGUGUGGAUCGUGUCGCAAAACUAUGUCUAAGCAUAAAGAACCUUGAGGCUUUGGUUCACGUAUCAACUGCCUAUAGCUUCUGUCAUCAUGCAAUAAUUAGCGAAGACAUCUGUCUAGAGAAGUUGCCCAUCUCUGUAAUAAGGGAUUUUGAGCAUAUGGAUGAUGAUCGCAUUGAAUGGAUCUGCAAUUCUUAUAGGAAAAACCGGCCUUCAAAUUACCAAUAUUCGAAAGCUUUGGCCGAAACAUUGAUUGUGAAAGAAUAUUUCAAUCAACUUCCCAUCAUAAUAGUUCGCCCUGGGAUUAUCACAGCGGCAGUCCGAGAACCCUAUCCGGGAUGGAUAGACAACUAUAAUGGCCCAAGUGGAUUCAUAGCCAUGAGUGUCAAAGGAGUUCUGAAAACUUUGUUGGUGAAGGAAGGAGUAUAUGCAGAUUGGGUUCCUGUUGAUAUUGUUGCCAACACUUUAAUAGUCGCUGCAUAUUCUCUGCUAACUCAAAAAGAAUCCCCAUCUAAUAUCCGUAUUGUGAACUGCGUCUGCCCCGAAACAAAACGCAUCAAUUGGUAUGAGGUGGUAAGGAUCUGCUUGCCAAUUCUUAAUAAAUACCCAAGUAAUACUCCUUUUCUAACGCCUGGAGGUGUGGUAACGUCAAGUGAAACCAUUCAUGAAAUUUGCAAAUACGUCUUGCACCUCUUACCUGCUGCUGCUUACGAUGUCUUUACGUUGCUGUGCAAAUUUAAAGCAAUUGGGAUGAUUGGAGCAUACAGGCGUAUUCACGGAGCCAUGAGUCAUCUUCAGCUCUAUACUACUCGGAGAUUUUACUUCACAUCUAAAAAUUUGGAUGCCAUGAACGAAAAUAUGCUUCCAGCUGACAAAGAGGUAUUCUUAAUCGACCAAGAAAAAAUAAACUGGAAUCAAUAUUUGGAAGACUACGUCCAUGGGGUAAGGUUAUUUUACUUAAAAGAAAGCGAUGAAAGCCUUGACUUGGCCCGUAAAAAAUUGGCAAGACGUCAACUAAUUUUCUUCUGCCUGAAGAUUAUUCCUGUUGGAGUCUUGUUCAGUUACAUCUUAAAGAAAUUUUGUACACCACGAUUUGUCAUCGCUAGACUUCAGUUUAUAAAUCUCCAAUUUAUAAGGAAAUUCCUUAAAUCAAUUUUGCCUGUUGAACAUGCUUAAUUUGUAUUACAUAUUGUUUUAAGUUCAAAAUAUGUAUUUUAUUUUUAACUUUACUGAUCAUUUAUCUUUUACCGUUCCUAUGUAUACUUAGUAUUAAAGAUUGAAA